AUGACCCAAUUGAACCAAGUGUGGUUACAUUCCAAUUCUUUUUCAGGUCCUUUACCGGAACUUUCAGGGCUAACUGGGUUGCAGAAUUUCAGUGUUAGGGACAAUCGGAUCACAAGUUUAGUACCCGUGUCUCUUGUGAACCUUCCAUUGCUUAAAGUUGUGAAUUUGACAAACAAUCUGUUACAAGGCCCGACCCCAAAAUUUCAUUCUUUGGUUGCAGUUGAUAUGACAAUUGGGACUAAUAGUUUCUGCUUAUCUGAUCCUGGUGUUGGUUGCGAUUCCCGGGUUAAUACAUUGCUUACGAUUGCACAAUCUGUUGGUUAUCCAACGGUGUUUGCGGAUAAUUGGAAAGGGAAUGAUCCUUGUGUCCAGUGGAUAAGUCUCACUUGUUCUAAUGGAGACAUUACUGUUGUCAAUUUUCAGAAAAUGGGUCUUAGUGGUAUGAUUUCUCCCAAUUUUUCAUCAAUUACUUCGUUGCAGAGACUAAUACUUGCUAAUAACAAUCUUACGGGUACUAUCCCUAAUGAGCUCACAACUUUGCCUAACCUAAGAGAAUUAGAUGUUUCGAACAACCGGCUUUAUGGGAACAUUCCAUCUUUUCAGAGUAAUGUACUUGUAAAAACUGACGGGAAUCUUGAUAUUGGGAAGGAUAGUGUUAGUCCAUUGCCGGGUACGCCCUCAGUUAGUGGAACAAAGACUUCGGGAAGUAGUGGCAAUAAGUCGACUGGUGUGGUUGUGGGUUUGGUAAUUAGUUGUAUUUGUGCAGUAUUGGCUGUUGGGGUUAGUGUGUUCUGCAUUUGUAGGGCUAAACAAAAGCAUUCUUUGGAGUAUGCUGAUGCCAUUCAGCAGCAAUUUCUUGAAGGCUCAGACUCUGACGAAGAUUCUGCCUCUAAGGAUACUCCAGUUGUCAAUGCGGACCGGUCAGUUCGGCUGGAGCCCACGGUGGAAGACCUGACUAUUGAACUACCAGGUGAAAUCAUGGUUCCGACCGAAACCACCCUUGUGACCGAGAGCGAGCUCCCGCCUGAAACCGGUCUUCAUGUUGAUGCCGAUGCUGCGUUCAAUGCCGAAAUUGAUGAUCUUUUCAACUGA